UGCCAUUUUGGGGGCAUAUAUCAUACACAUAUCAUUUUUCUCUUUUGGGAUCUGAGAAACAUCAUGAGCACAACUCAAAGAAAGCGCCGGGGUGGAACAACAAAUUCCAGACAGGCUCAAAAACGAGAACGAUUAGUAGGUCCAACAUCUGACAUGACUUCAGAAGCUGAGCCAAUAGAACUUGUAGAAAGUGCUGGAGAAGAAGUGGUGGACCUCACCUGUGAAUCUACAGAACCGGUGGUAGUGGAUCUAACUCACAAUGAUUCUGUGGUGUUUGUUGAAGAAAAUCGAAGGCAAAGGAGAAACCCAAGGAUAAGUCGAGGACAACCUGACAGCUGUGUUUUGAGUAGCGAUGAUGAAGAAACAAGAGACAAUGAUGUGUAUGUGACAGAAAAUCCUCCUAGAGAAUCAGUUGUUUUGGAAGAAGAAACAUCAAGCAUAAGGCCUUCUGGUACUGUUAGUUGUCCAAUUUGCAUGGAUGGAUACUCAGAGAUUUUGCAAAGUGGACGACUUAUAGUCUCUACAAAAUGUGGUCACGUCUUCUGUAGCCAAUGCCUCCGUGAUGCCCUUAGAAAUGCUAGCUCCUGCCCAACUUGCCGGAAAAAGCUGAACCAGAAACAAUAUCAUCCAAUAUAUAUAUGAUAUGUACUAUGUUUCUAGGACAGCCUUACGUGGAUUGCUGUGAAAAUGUCCUGAGGUUGUCAACAUACCUGACUGUAAGGAGAACUUGAUUUUAAAAACGAUUACCUGGGUGUAU